UUGCUUUUCUGACAUACACUGUGGUGAUCAUGGCUUUUUCCUGUGAGGCAGAUCGCCUCCCUCCGCCGACAGGACUGUCAUAUGAGUGGCUGGACAACUUUACCAUCAAUAUAUCCUGGCAGAAGCCCAUCACUAAAGUGGAUCACUGUGACAUUCUAUACGAAGUCCAACAGGGGGAGGACAUGCGCUUUCGCACAGAGUCUACAAACAUCACAAAGACUUGUAUGACAGAAGAGUUGGAUUCUACUGGUUGCAAGUACACCAUUCGUACUGUUGGCAAAGAAUUGAAAUGUGACAGGACUGAGAGCGAAGCUGUGACCAUACCCAUUGAUACCCGUGUGCCCCGAGCUGAAUUGGUGAAGGACUUCAAAUGUGUCAUCUACCCACGUAAAAUGAACUGCUCCUGGAUCCCAGUAAAUCCCUCCCUUAACCUGACAGUCCACUAUAGAUUUAAUGAAGUAAAAGAGGGCUACAAACUACCUUUAAAAUCAUGUGAGGAGUUGUACAGCAAUGGAAAGAGGAAUGGCUGUUACCUGAAAGAUGCCUUUACCAAUCAGGACAUCUACAUGCUUGUGAGAAGUGAAGCUGGACAGACCACCUUUAAAGCUUUUUAUGUGUUCCCUUCACCAAAGAUGAACAUCACAGAAGAGGGAAAUCAUCUCAAACUGACCUGGACACGUCCAGAGCAUGGAAAAAGUUGUAGCUGGAAAUACGAGGUCUGCUACAGAGAAUGCAAUGGGCCCAGAGAAUGCAGAAACUUCACUGCAGAAGAGGAGCCUCUGCUGGUUCCCUACAAUAAGAGAUGCCUCUAUGAGUUCGAAUACAAGGCGACUAUCAGUAACUACUGCUCUAAGAUACCCAGUGACUCCACUGAAGCUCUAACUUAUGGUACUAAUGCGCCUCCUGAUGGGACACUGACUGUGGUAGCCAUCGUCAUCCCUGUCAUUCUGUGUGUCUGUGUCAUUUUGUCCUGCUACUGCUUCAGGAGGCACAGAGCCAUUAUUUGCCCUGUCAUACCAGAUCCUUCAGCAAUAUUCAAGGAAAUGAUAAUGAACGGAAACAAAGAACUGAAGGCAAAAAGUAAUCUUUACACACCGGUGCCAGAGCCCAUCGAACCCUGCAAAGUUACCCUUGUACCUGAAAACAGUGUCCUCCAGCAAAACUCCUGACAUGUACAUGUACACAGCAAUGCCUGCAGUGCUGCUGGACUUCCACUGUGGGCAAAUUCAUCUGGAACAUUUACAGAUGAACCUAAAACCAGGCUGGAAAGCUUUGUUUCACUGACCUCUAUAGAUUGAGAAUUUCAAGUCUGUUGCACAUGUGGCAGGUGUGGUCAGGAGUGCUCUGUGUUAUACAUGUGCUAUACACACCUGAGUACAAUUCUGCAUCGCCAUCUCAGCAACUGGGUGAGAA